AGACUUGUAGCCAGCCCACUUUAUAUAUUAUAAGUAGUUGUUAAAGUAUUUGCGAAGGUGUCAAACGCUUGUGUAAAUACGAGCGUGAUUGAAGACUGACUUAAUUUAGUUUUUGUUGUGUUGUGAAAAUGGAGUUUAAAUUAUUAUUUUUUGUUUCUGUGAUUGCUGCUGUGUCGGCGCAAAGUACAUAUAAAGUAUGUUUCCUGACAUCGAAUCAAGCAGCCUGCCAGAGUUUGGACAGAGGCGACAGCCAAGUUAUAUGCGAAUUGGUGGAAUCCAGAAUUGACUGCGCUUUGAAGCUAGCGCGAGGUGAGGUUGACUUCGGUACAUUCACCGAAGAAGAAAUGCUUCUUCUCUCGCAGCAGCAGCCCGAAGCCACUAGAGUAGUAGCUUCCAUCAGGGAUGUCACAAGAACUGAACCGUUCGCGUUUGAAGCAGUAGCAGUAGUACCUUCCAACCACACUGGUGGACUUGAAGGUCUUCGUGGUGGGAGUUACUGCCAUCCUGGUCUAGAUGAGCCGGAUCUACGAUGGUCCCCACGAGUUUUGAAAACUUUUGAAAAACUUGCUGCUCGUACUGAUCGCUGCCCAGACGCUGACACCAACGGCAGAACUGCUGACGAGCUGGAAGUCAUGACCCUGAACGACUUCUUCAGCAGCGCCUGCAGACCUGGUCCCUGGAGUUCCAAUGCUACAGUUGAUCAAAACUUGAAACGUCAGUUUCCUUCUCUCUGCUCUCUGUGCGGUGGAGAGAAUUCUGAUUGCUCCCGUUAUAACAUUGACAUGGGAGUGAGUAUUUCUGGCGUCAGCAACGACAACAGACACAUCCAGGCUCUGGAGUGUCUCCGGCGGGGUAACGGCUCCAGGGUAGCAUACGUCGCGUGGCAACAUGUUCGAGAGUUCUUUAAUAUUCGCGCCCCCCAAGAUGCGACGUCCUACGCCCUGAUGUGUGAGGAUGGAACUAUUCAGGUUCUGACCAAUGAGGUGCUGGCACAGACCACCGCCCCCUGCUCCCUCGUGAAACAACCUUGGAGUGCCAUUGUGGCCACACCAUCAAAGGCAGAAGAGCUCCAGUUAAGUCUUCGUACUUGGUGGCCGAACGGCGCUAACCCCGGAGGCAACACAUGGCAAGCCGUGCUCUUCCAGAACGCUGCUGGCGGUAGUAACGCUCGGGUCGCCUUUGAGGAGAACAUAUCCACGCCUCUUGCAUAUUUGGCCAACAUACGGAACAUAACAUCUAUCGACGCCGCACCUUCAUGUAUACCCGCCAGACGUUGGUGCACCAUUUCGUCUCAAGAGCAUACCAAGUGCACGUGGGUGCGAACGGCUGCGUACUCACUGGGCAUCGAACCGGCGAUAUCUUGCCAGCAACGCAGCAAUAUCUUCGAGUGUCUGAGGGAUAUCAGAGACAAUAAUGCUGACUUCAUAGCAGCACCAUCUAACUACGGUUAUAUUGCAAGACAGCACUAUAAGCUAACAUCAGUGAAGCUGGUCCAAAACUCCGCCCGCAACCCAGCAGCUUUCUCCCGAGUGGCCGCUGUGCUGAAGACCAGUACAGCUGCUAGCGAAAUCACCAGGUUCGAGAACCUUCGCGGCAAGAAGGCUUGCUUCCCAGAAUUCAGUGGUAUUGCAUACGUGGCGUUUGUAAGUGCUGCACAUGAACGGGAUGUUAUCAGCUCUACGGAGUGUGACUAUAUGAAGUCUGUCGGGGAGUUCUUCGAUGGAGCCUGCGCCCCAGGGGCAGUUGAUGCCUCCCACGCCUUGUCUGAAUCUAGCUUCAAUGCAUCGGUAUUGUGCUCACACUGUCAGCCAUCUUCGAUCAUUAUGGGCAACUAUUCACAAAACGAUUUCACCUGUGCAUACGACUACAGUAACUUGUACUACGGAAACAAUGGAACCGCUGCCUGCCUAGCCAACCCCAACAUGGAUGUGGCCUUUGUGGAAUUGCAAAACUUUUCCACGCACUUGAGGGCAGCGGGUCUGAAUGACUCUACGGAUGUAAGAAUCCUCUGCAGGAACAAUACUCUGGCUGCCUACACCGGUUUGGAUGUAGACCACGCCUGCUUGCUAGCUUACGUUGUUGAUUCCGAAGUGCUGGCCAGAAGAGAUGACCCUCUUCUAAACAGCCUCAAUGUUCUCCUCGACGCAUUGGAUGAGCAUUUCGGCUACAACGCUGCCAUUUCUGCCCAACUCGUAAACCUGGAGAUCUACUCACCCUUCGACAGUGUUAACGACCUGCUCUUCAAAGAUACAGUGGUCGGCCUGGCUGAACCCUCUAGCGACUCCCCUAGCGCGCCAGCUAACAAUUACAACAACCUGUUCAGACAUCUGGACUCUUGCACUUCGUCAGCUUCUAGAACCUUCUUUUCCUUUGUCACGUUCGCCGUAAUGGCGGUUAUUACGCGUUUCGUAGUUUACUAGUGUAGUUUUUUGUAUUAACAUAAUUUUAUAUUGAAAUGUGUUUAAUAAAUAUGAUAAUAA